AUGCCUCCUAUAAAGACUAGAUUAUCAGAAAAGAUCAUCAGAAGAACGCAGACUGAUGGCUUAUCCGUCUUUAGACACAAUCCACGAUGUUAUACACAACAAUGCGACGAAUUGAAAGCCAGAAAUCAAAGCCUAACAACCACUAACACUCUAACGGAAAGUAGUUCUUCUGGAUCCAUGACGAAUAGCGUGUGCACUGCCAUUGAAAAUGACAAAUCCAGUGAAUCACAUACACCCAACAAUGGAGUACUUUCUGAUUUUAAAAAUGGUAAAAGUAACUUGUCGAGUAGCCCUUCUAUUAUUUCAUCUAUGCUAGAAGGUUUAUUUCAAAGUGCAAACAAUCUAAUAAUGAAAAAAACGAACGAUGACUCGAAGACUUCACCAUCACAAAACUUGGAAUCUCACCCUGACGAUUCCAGCAAUCAACUCUUUUCUUAUUCCUACCAAGACUUUUCAAUUGUGGAUCAUCGAUUGACUUUGCAUCUGUACCAGAAUAUAUUCACGGAUGUCAAUGAGACCCUAAAGUGGUUGGUGAGGUGCGAAAUUGUUUUGCAGAACUUUGACAAAUCUAGUUUGACGAAAUUGGAGGGUUGUUUUGUGUUGACGAAUACCAGGCUGCAUAUAUUGAAGAUUGUUGACAAGGAAAGAGGUGACCCGAGCAAAUGGCUUCAGAAACACCAAUCGUUCCAAAUACACAAAUUGUGUUCCAUAGACCUAUUGCCUUACAAGCAAGGAAUAUCAUUUAAUAUAGAACAGACAAAACCUAGUCCUAAUUUAACUGCUUUGUGUUUACUGAAAGACGUACAGAGGACCAACAAUUUAUUGGCUUAUUUAUCAGAAAACAAAAUAUCUUCCUCCUGCAACUUAAACUGCUCGGUACCGACUAGUCUCAAUACAAAGUUACAAAAAGUAUUAACCGAAGAGAAGGCAGCAGGGUCGCAGAAUUCGUCACCGAUUUUAACAUCCAACAAAAUGCAACAGUUGCAAUUGUUUAUGAUUUUUAAAUCUUUCGAAACUGACAAUAAAGUGGAAUAUUCUAGCGGAUGUUUAAUUGUUACUUGUGAUGAUAUAAUUGUUGCUGAGGAUUUGACGUGGCUGUUUGUGGACAAUGACGAGGAAUUUGUGGUUAGCAGGAAGCAACCGAUGAUGAACCUGGUCGAAAUUGAUAUCAAAGAUAAAUGUGUAUCAUUUAAUUUUCUUGACGAGCUGAAGAAUUCAGCAAUGGAAACGUGGAAGAUUCAAUUGGAGACAAAAAACUCGAUUGAGAUUCUAAUUAGUGCUAUCAAACAGCCUUGGGAGAAAUUAUUUUUAGUUCCGCUGACUGUGAAUAUAUGA